GAGAUGUUGUGGGACGGGAGCAGAACGGCUUUGCCUGCUAACUAAGUUUUCCUACAAGGCUCAGUGACACCUGCUGCUGCUCUGUUAGUUCAGCGGAGAGGACAGGGCGCUCGCUGUUGACUCGGCAUAGAGAGAAGGAAGAGGCAGAGAUGGCUGCAACUACUGCUGAGCCUAUGGGCAGCCUGCCCAACGGACUGGGGAUAUGCACCACAGCCCCAGAUAUAUUUUACCUGCCUGAACUGGUGUUUGGUGGUUUGGUGUGGAUUCUGGUGGCGUCGACCCACGUGGACCCUGCGAACCCUCUGGGCUGGGUGAUGUUUGUCUCCGUCUUCUGCUUUGUCAUGACAUUCCUCUGGUUGAUCAUCUUCGCUGCUGGAGCUCAUCAGAACAGCUCUGGCUGGGCUGCUGCUGAUUUAGCUUACCACGGCCUGGCAGUUUUGUUCUACCUCAGUGCAGGGGUGGAUUUGGCUUACAUCACCAUAAGGAACAAAUCAGGCGAAUUAAGAAUCUACCAGAUUGACAUCGCUGCUGUGGUGUUCGCCUUCUUGGCCACACUCCUCUACUUCAUCCACACAAUCCUCUCCUCUAUCCGAUGGAAGAACUUCUGAAAAGCGAUGCUGAAUCACAGACCUGGGUUUCCAAGAAGUACUGUGCAUCCUGUGUGUGUGUGUGUGUGUGUAUGUGUGCGUGUGUGUGUAUAUGCGUGUUUAUGCCACCAUAAAACAUUAAAGCAUCAUGUAUCGGGGGAAAAAUGAAAGUAAAUGAGGAGUUGUACCCAAAUAUCAUGUUUUUGUAAAAACUAAAUUGCAUGAAUUUAAGUCUAAAUUAAAUUAGUGAAAGUGCUUCAACCACAUAUCAUUUUGAACCACUGGUCAUGUAUUCAUUUAUUACAUAAGACAGGGGAUCAUAUUUAUUAUCCUUUAAGAGAACCAUGGAACACGGUGUAAAUGUUAUGGUCUGUGGAUUGUUGUUACCUUUGGACACAAAAACCUUUUUGUAUUACAUUUAAAUGGUAUGGAUAAAAAAAAAAUUAACUGGUAUGUUUUUAAAUCCAAACAGUUGCCUCUUGCUACCAUCGGAGCCAUCUCUUUUUUCUUUGUGAUCAAUCAGACUAACAGACGUUUCUCUGUUGUAACUAUGAAGAGUUGACGAAAUCUGUAAAACUACUCACUGAUUUUAAGAUUUGUUUUCUGUUUAGUAGAAGUACUGCCAGUUAUGUUGUCUUUGUCAUAUACAUUUAGUGCCAACCAAUCAUCAGUACUUUAAGGACGGUGAAGUGUACUUUUUAGUUGCAAGGCCAAAAUGUGUCUAGUUUUGCCAUUUUUAUAUUCUGAAGAUUAAAACAAGA